AAAAUAACCAAAUUUGAUUGAUUUGGUAAAGCCAAACGCCCCUGCAGUACUAACUGUACGGCUACAACUGCACGAAAAAAAUGGCUCGCGCACUCCUUCCCGCGAUCAUAUAAGAACCCGUUGGCCACUGGUAGCUGUCACUAGCAAGCACAAAAACAGGGUAUUCGUCUUUUCUUCGCAAUUCAAAACGCUGUUGGUCUGUUUGUUUCUCAAGAAAGCUGAAGAAAAGAGGAGAAAUCGUGUCCCUUUUUUUCUUCUUUUCCACUGCUUUCCCAGCUCCAAAUGGAGCAGCAUUGCUCACGUAGCUCAGGAAUCACAUUAGCUAUGGCUAUAUUGUAAUUAGCAAUUACUUACUUAUUUUCUCGUUCCAUUUAUCUUAGUAGUUGUAGAAUAAUUUAUUUCGCUGAAGAACAAGUGAAAACUUCGAGUGAUAGUCUAGUGUUUUGCUUGUAAUUGGUGUUUUCGUGGAUUUCGUACGUCUUUAUGGCUUUUCUUUCAUUUUCUUUUAUUUUUUAAUUUAAUAUGUAGGGUUUCGCUUCUGUUGUGCAGCUUUUUCCAUUCUUGAUCACAUCUAUUCCUUAAUUUUCAAGUUCUGUUUGAGUUUCUCUAUUGCCUAAAGCUACGAUUUCUCUUGGCCAUGUGAAAUUUAGUUUAAGGUUUCUUUUAAUGAAAAAAUAUUUUCCCCUUAACUAAUCCAAUUUUUCAUUCUAAAUUACCCGAGAAUUUCAGGCUUUAUACUAGAUUACAUGCUCGUUUGCAGACACUCAUUGUAUGCAGUAUUCUAAUUUUAUGACUUGGUUGACAUGGCUGUUCUAUUCGCUUGAGAAUAUAGGUUUCAUGUAAUAUCUCUCUGGCUUUGCGAUUUCAAAAACUGUGUGCCCCCUAUCUCUUUCUCUGCUCUCUAUUUCACACUAUAUAGUUAAUAUCUAAUUCUCUGCCAAACUUUGAAUUGAAGAGUAUGAAUUUGAGGGCCCUGUAAAAAGAUAAAAUAACAUAAACUUAAGUUCUAACCUUGAAUUGCAUGAAUCUCUCGCACCCAAAGUGAGAUUUAUACCACUGGAGCAAUUGCCUUGCUCUUGAUUUUUAUGGUACUUUAUUGUGAUCCAUGUAUUUAACCUUUUACAUAUCUAUUGCUGCUGAUUUAUCUUCAUCUGUCUCGUGGUAAUUGUCUGUUUGGAAUUCACUCACAAAAACCUUUGUGGUGCAAUGGGUGUCUAUCUCCCUGUGAUAAAGUUUACUUGGCAUGUAUCAUGGAGGCUUAAAGUUUCGUCAUCCAUGGGCUUUAACUUUACCUCAACUCUUCCCAGAAAGCUGUAGGUCUAAAUUGUCUAUGUAUUCCAAGAUUUAGCGGCUGAUGCAGCAGCAAAAGAAUUUCUAACUAUCUAAUUAAGAACUUCCUAAAUCAAAAGUAUAUAGAUUUUCCUGGGUUUACUGGAUUACCAUGGAGCUUUUAGGGGAAUGAUCCCAGCUACUAAUUCAGGGAAAACAUAAUCCCUGAUAUGAUACUAGCUUCCCUCUAGAUAUUAACUUCUUACGCUGAUUUCUCCCCCAGUGAAAAAGAACGUUUAUAAAAAAGAAAUAUAUCUGAGUUUAUGUUUUGCAUACAUAUUCCAGCUUGCUUAGAAAAUAAAUUAUAAAGCAUAAACUUUAGGUUGAGUGAGUAGAAUCAAUUUUGUGUUAUUGAAGUUCCUUGGAAAGUAGUAUGAAGGUUUUUCGGGUAUCUAUUAGAAUCUGUUAUGGAAUAGGAUGUCAUGGAAACAUAUUACAGUGUUCUAUUUAUGGGCUCAACGGGUAUGAGAUGAUAGAAAAAUUGUGCGGAAACAAUGACAAAAUGCUUACAUAAGGCCAAAACUUGCUUGUGUGGAGCAAUGAAGUUGAUGAUACAUAUGUAAGAAAAGCAUAAAAUAACGUUUCCUCGAUGACUUGAUUUAGAAUAGGAUAGAACUGCUUCAAAUUCAUAAAAAGGAAAUUGUAAAGUGGGGGCGCAUUCUGAGAAUUAGUCUGAACUUCUUGCACCAAAGUGAGAAUCAUACCACUAGACCAAGGUCUAUUUAUGGAUUCUAGUUAUGUGCAAUCAGUACUGAUGGUAAUGAUGAUGCAUUACUAGUUUUAAGGUUUUGAGGACAAUUUGCCUUUGGGGAUUAGAAGUAUAAAUGGAUAAUUUGGAAAGAUGUUUGGCUUUAUAUCUUCUUGCUAGUUUCAGGAUAUCUUCCCCCCUGCUGCUCUCUCUCUCUUUUCUUUCUGUUUUUCUCUUGAAUGUGUGUGUGUUUGAUUGUUGAGGGCCAGAAAAGAACUUGGAAAGCAAGAAACUUCCCUAACGAACAUUUUUAGUUUGUGACUAUGCUUACUUUUGAACUGCUCUCUGGUGUGGGGGUAUUGGGUGUUUCUUGGAAUUGACACUAAAUACUGUAACUGGUUUGUUACUGGACUAGUAGUGAUUUCACUAUUAAAAUUAAUUUUACCCUGUGCAUAGGAUGACACAAAAGGAAUAUUUAAAUGAAUGAGAAGAUUGUACCUUUGAUGUUCCCUUUCUUAUUUGGUUAAUUCAUAUCUAUAAAAUUAAGCGUACUGUGAGUUGGUUGAAAACAAGAUGAAGAGGAAAAUUGCAUUUUUUUCUUGUGCAUACUAGAAGACUAGAAGUUUGCAGAAUAUUUUAGUAGCUUACAUUUAUUUGUACCUAAUUUGUUUUGGUAUCACUGUCUGCACAUCGCUUUGUAAUAAUUACAUUACUGUAGGUAUGAGAUUUAAUUCUCAAAUAUUUGUUAACGCAUAUGUAUAUAUAUAUGUGUGUUUACUUGCCCACAAUUGGAUUCAGUAUUUUAGUCAAGGGGAAGAGUCAUUUAUUUUGUUCUUUUUCCUGAGUAGCAGCAUGCUGCUUUAGGUUGUUGUGGUACAAGGAUCAUGCAGCAAAGGCUAAUGUUUGAAAUAUGGACCAGAGAUCAGAUGAUAGGCAAAGUUGGUAAAUGAUGAUAACAAAAUGUUCUAACUUGCAGAGACUUUCUUACAUUGAGCGAGAAAGCUGAAUGGAUAUACAUAUAUGUACAUGAAUAUUUGGUGUGCAUGCACAAGUGUUUUCUGACGUGUUUCUGUUCUUUAAUUUUGGCCAACUUUGGCUGGUCACUUUGGUUAGUGAACUUGCUCUUAAUAUUUGUAUCAUUUGGCAGAUUUCAGGAAAAUUUUCUUUUCUUCAUGAUAAAUGGGGCUAGAUGCAGAUUUCAGGAAAAUUUUCUUUUCUUCAUGAUAAAUGGGGCUAGAUGCAGAUUUCUGGAAAAUUUUCUUUUCUUCAUGAUAAAUGGGGCUAAAUGCAGGUGAAGAAUGUGCCUGGGACAGGUAACUGUAGAGAUAUUUGGAUAAACUGUGUUUUGGACUCGUACAGUAGCUGGCUUGUAGUUCCUUUUCUAGCUUAUUCUGCCAUGAAAAUUUAUUCUCUUGAUAUACAGCGGCUUUCGUUUAUUGCUUUUCUGUGAAUUUUAUUCGCCA